CAGCAGCAGCAGCAGCAGGCGCCGCAGCAGCAGCGGCAGCGACAGCGACAGUCGACAGGAAAAUCGAAACCAAGUGCGAUACUCAGCCCACAGCCGGUGUCCAGCAGCCAGAAGGAGCCAACAAUGGGCAAUGCACAUAGCCAGAAUCGAGCGGCCCUUGAAAAGCCAGCGGCAACGGGCGACAGCCUGCUGCGGCUGGCGACGGGCGGGCGCACCGGGCCCGGUUGCAUGCCACCGACGGUGGCACUGGAAGAGCGUCGCAACAGCAGCAGCAGCCAUCAGGCGCGAGUUUUUAGCCGUUUUGUAAAGCAGAAGCGGGACGUAUUCCUACAGGCGGCACCUGUGUCGCCCACCUCGGCGCCGGCCUCGCCACUGGCCGAAUGGGGCAUGCCGCCGGAUGUGGGGCAUGGACAAUUGAAUGCCAGCGUCGAACAAAUGGAUUUUCAUCUCAAUAACAAGGACUUGCUGGAAUUGAAGCGUCGCUGUCGCGCCGAUAAGAUCGCCUGCUUGAGCCUGAGCCGGAUCACGUACCUGAGCAUUGCCCAUGAUCAGCCGGAGCAGGCGCAGGAGGCGGAGCUGCUGCAGAAGGAACAACUGUUGAUAACGCCGGAGAGUUCGCCGGAUGAGCGCAUGGCGCUGCAGCUGGGCAAGAAGCUGGCCCAGGUGCUGGGCACCACGGGCACACCGCCGCCGUCUGCCAUGGAAUCGGGCGUGACGGCAACGGCCACGGCAGCUGCAGCGGGUGCAGCGGGCGUUGCCGCAGCGGCUGUGGCGGUGGCCACGCCGCGUGUCGACUCGCCCCUGGGCAACAACAACUUCAACAUAUCCAAGGCCAAGAAGGUGGAGCUGCAGAAUCUAUCGUCGCGUUUUAGCGCUGCCGUUAACCCUACAACGCCCACACAUGCUUCGGAUGGGGGCAUGGCAGCGGUAGCAGCAGGUGCAACAACAGCAACAGCAGCGCAGACUACGACGCCGACUGCGUCAUCAACGGCGCUGGAAACUCAAUCAACUGUUAUAAUUUCGUUUAAAUCAUCUCAAACACCAGCGACGACUCAAAGGCCAGCCACGCCCACGGACAAUGGUGGGGCGACGGAGGGCAUGCUGCUAGCCGAGGAGGUUCUGAAUGAUGCAGGCCCGCUGCCGCCGCCGCCCGGCUAUGGUACGCCCACAAAUUCGUUGCUGUCGAGCAAUGUGCUCAAAAAGGUGGCCAGCUUCUCGGUCGAGAGAUCUUCGACGGGCAACAGCAGCAGCAACGGCAACGGCAGCGGCUGCGGCAGCAGCGCGGCCAGUGCUCAGUUGCCAGCGCCAGUGAUGGCAUUGGCAACGCCACCUGGCGACGAGAAGGAGUCAACAUUGACGGAGCUGAGCGUCGCUGCCGGCGCGGGGUCGCGACGCGGUUCAUCUUUUGUGCCGGAAAAGUUAAGCUUCGCUGCAUAUGAAAAGUUCGAAGGUCAAAUGCUGAUCAAAUGGCUAAUCUCAACGCUGCAGAGCAGCUCGACGCUGGGCAUUAUUGGGCCGGAAUCAUUGAAUGCAAUGGCCCUGCAGUUCUGUCAUAAUCUCAAAUAUGUGGGCGUACUCAAGCAGAUCUCCAAUGAGCAGCAGCAGCAGCAGGAUGCGCCGUCCGGUUUUAGCCCCUACGAGAUGUACCAGUGGACGCACACGGAGCAGCCAACUACCUCGCUGCCGCUUACGCCCGGCAAGCUGGACAAGGUGGCCGCCUGGCCGUUCUCCAGCACUCCGUCGGCGGCUCAGAAGCACUACGAGGGCAGCUCCACGCAAACGGAUAGCCAGAAGACGCUGCAGCAGAUCUUGCGCAAGCGUCUGCUCAACUGCGCCACACUGGCCGAGGUGCACGCCGUGGUCAACGAGCUGCUCAGCAGUGUGGACGAGCCGCCCAGGCGGCCAUCGAAGCGCUGCAUCAAUCUCACCGAGCUGCUCAACGCCAGCGAGGCGACCAUCUACGAGUACAACAAGCCCAUAGAGGGCAAGAGCUAUGCGGAUGCGGCCAGCCAGACGGACGAGCAAUGCCUCGGCUCCUGCCAGUGUGGUGCAGCUAAUGGUGUGCCGGAGCCACAGCUCGAGCAGAGUCAACAAAACGGUGUCGCAAUGGAGCCAAAGGCACCGGAAGCUGCACCGGUAAUUGCACCGCCUCCACCACCUCCGCCACCGCCGCCGCCACCACCACCGCCGCCGGGCAUGACAGCUGCAGCAGCACCACCGCCGCCGCCGCCGCCACCACCAGGCGGUGGACCACCGCCACCGCCGCCACCGGGGCCUGCCAAUGCUGGCAAUGGGCCGCCGCCGCCGCCGCCACUAAGCACCUCCAAGUCGGGCACAGCUCUGGCGCCGGCGCCACUGCCAGAUCCCGCCGAGGGAAAUUGGUUCCUGCGCACAAGCGUUCAACGCAAGAGCGCCGUCAAUCCGCCGAAGCCCAUGCGCCCGCUCUACUGGACGCGCAUUGUGACCUGUGGUCCGCCCGUGCCGCGUCCACCUUCGAUCGCCAACUCAACGGACAGCGCGGACAACAGCGGCAGCUCGCCAGAGGAGCUGCCCGCGACUGGCAACGCGUCCGCUGUGCCGAUGGCGGCGCCUGUGCCAGCCGCACCCAGCAAGGAGAUGUGGACAGAGAUUGAUGAGACGCCGCUCGACAAUAUUGAUGAAUUUACCGAGCUCUUUUCUCGCCAGGCCAUUGCGCCGGUUACCAAGCCCAAGGAACUCAAGCCGAAGCGUGAGAAGUCCAUCAAGGUGCUGGAUCCGAAACGUUCCCGCAAUGUAGGCAUCUUCUCCCGCAGCUUGCAUAUGCCCGCCAGCGAAAUCGAGCAUGCCAUUUACCAUGUGGACACCUCGGUUAUCAGUCUCGAGACGCUGCAACAGAUCAGCUAUAUGCGCGCAACCGAUGAGGAACUGCAGCGCAUCAGGGAGGCCGAUGGCGGCGACAUACCGCUCGAUCAUCCCGAGCAAUUCCUGCGUGACAUAUCGCUCAUCUCGAUGGCUAGUGAGCGCAUCUCCUGCAUUGUCUUCCAGGCCGAGUUUGAGGAGUCUGUGACGCUGCUGGUGCGCAAGCUGGAGACGGUAUCGCAGCUGUCGCAGCAGCUCAUCGAGAGCGAGGACCUCAAGCUGGUAUUCUCCAUUAUAUUGACGCUGGGCAACUACAUGAACGGCGGCAAUCGGCAGCGCGGCCAGGCGGAUGGCUUCAAUCUGGACAUACUGGGCAAGCUGAAAGACGUCAAGUCCAAGGAGUCGCACACAACGCUGCUGCACUUCAUCGUGCGCACCUAUAUAGCGCAGCGCCGCAAAGAGAUGACGCUGCCCGAGAUGACACUGCCCAUUCCGGAGCCCUCGGAUGUGGAGCGAGCCGCCCAGCUGGACUUCGACGAGGUCCAGCAGCAGAUUAAGGAGCUGAACAGAAAGCUUACGGCUUGUAAACAGACUACGGCUUUGGUGCUAAGCGCCUCCAGUGAACAUCGCGAGCCCUUCAAAUCCAAGAUGGAGGAAUUUACCGCUAGUGCAGAGAAAUCGGUGGCCAAGCUGCAUCAGCUGAUCGAUGAGUGCCGGGAUCUCUUUCUGGAGACGAUGCGCUUCUAUCACUUCUCCCCGAAGGGCUGCACCCUGACCUUGGCUCAGUGCACGCCCGAUCAGUUCUUUGGUUAUUGGACAAAUUUCACAAACGAUUUUAAAGACAUUUGGAAAAAGGAAUUUACAAUUAUGAGAAACGAAAUAAUAAAAAAACCGAAGCAAUUGGCGGUGGAAACUCGCCGCGAUAGCUCCACUAAGGAUCGAAUUUCGUGCAAGGCGCGCGUGCGACGCAGCAAAAACUAGUUCUUAGUCCAAAAUUUAGUCGUAAAGUUGCAUUUAAGCUUAACAAUA